GGAAGAAGGCGAAGCUCAGUAGCAUAGGACAUCAACGAAUUUAGUUAGCCAGCAGUACUCCCAGGUGGAGUUAAGUCUGUGGCUGUGUGGGAAGAAGAAAAACAUUCACCACAAUUUAUCAACUCUGUUUCAAUGAAAGAUUAGUUUCGUUGCUCCAAUAACUUUCCACAUACAAUCAAAACAAUCUUUUACGUAAAAAAGGUCAUCUCACAAGGCAGUAAACAUCGCUAUGGCCCAGGAGACCAAUCAAAGUCCAGCCCCUUUGCUCUGUGCCACUGGAUGUGGAUUUUAUGGUAACCCUAGGACUAAUGGCAUGUGCUCAGUCUGCCACAAGGAGCACCUGUCAAGACAGAACAAUGGAGGAGUCAGUUCUCUAAAUACUGUUGGCAGCAGCAGCAGUAGUCCAUCCGCUGAGGCUUCCGCCAUCCAGAGGUUGGAGGCUACCUUGAAUAAUGCUGCAGCUGCUGCUGUAGCCGCUGCAGAGGUAGCAGCUGAGGCCGCCGCCUCAAUGGAGUCCAAUGAGGCUCUUGGUGGUGUUUCAGCUGCCGUUUCUGUAACAAAACAAAUGACAGAGAUGAGUCUGUCCUCUGAAGAGAAAGGAGCAUCGGGGAGUGUAAUAGAGAUUACAGAGCCAGUGGUGAGUCAACCUACGCUCUCAGCCUCCCAUCCCUCCACUGCUGGCAGUGAGGAAUCCAAAAACCCAGAGCUGCCAAAACCCAAGAAGAACCGCUGCUUUAUGUGCCGCAAAAAGGUCGGCCUUACAGGUUUUGACUGCCGCUGUGGGAACCUCUUCUGCGGACUCCACCGUUACUCUGACAAACACAACUGUCCUUACGACUAUAAAGCUGAAGCUGCUGCCAAGAUUCGCAAAGAAAACCCUGUGGUGGUUGCAGAUAAGAUCCAGAGAAUAUGAAGUGGACCCCUUGUUUGACUUUGACACCCUAGGGUGGUCGGCUUUCAACAAUCUAGACUUGAGCCCAAUGUUCUCUCUGAAGGAUCUGUUCCUGGUUUGUUACACAUUAAGGACAUUUAGCCCCAGUGCAUGAAAGGCCCUGUAUAUUUUAAGCUGUGUUCUUAAUUGGAUGUGAGCUGAAGACUUUCGAAGGGUUGUAUUGAACAAACUUUAUAUGUGAAGACGAACGAGGGAGGGAGUGGGGUUUUAAACUGAGUGAGCUGAGACUACUGAAGGAAAAAAAUAAGGAAUUGCCCGUGUAGUAAAUGCUGUUGAUGGCUUCCCAGUGUGUUGUGAUCCUCCUGAGAUCACUUGUCCUCAGCUUGGAGCUCUGCCUCUUGGGACCUGUUUGGACUGUCAGACUGUUACUGCUGUUGGCCACGGGUGCCGCCUCCACCGUGCUUGCUCUCUGCUGGCUUGAGUAGCAAAUGGAGUUGUUUUGUUUUUGUUUUUCAUUGUUCAGCCUCCACUCCGUGAGGUCAGUGCUAAACCUGCCUGAAUCAUUACAUUUUUGCAACCUGGCGAGUGUCAAUCUGAAAUGCUUCUGUGCCCCCAGAAUCGAAGGGGUGGGUGGGGGUUCGGGGUGGACGUGGUUGAAAGCCUUUUUUGCUGGCUCAUCUUCGUUCCCUGUGUGUGUGUGCGCGCGCGUGUGUGUGCACUAGUCUUGGGCUGAGUGCUGUGACUUGCUCUGUGGCCAGGAUUUAUAGGAGAGACUAAAGUCACAUGAUCGUAUGCCACUAGACUUGCCGUUCAACUUUAUUUUUUGUUAUCCAGAAAAUGUGUGAUCUUUGUAAAACACGUAGCCUACAGUUGUAUUAAUUUCUAUCUUUUUAAAAAGGGGUUAGCUCCACUAAUAUUUGGAUCUUUUACUUCUUUAUUGAAUGUUUUUUUUGUUUGUUUUUUUUUUGAGUUGAUUAAUUCACAUUGUUGGGAGUGUUUGUCUUGCAAACCGUAUCAAGCACACGUGUUCUUGUGGGAGUAGAUGUGGGAGGCCUGUGUGAGCAUCGUUUGAGGCCAAGUGCUUAUGCGCUGGGGUGACUUGGCGAGUCCUGUGGUUGUAGGUUAUUGAUUAUUUUCCAGUUUAAUUUUUAGUGUGAGUGUGUGUUUGUGGGAGAGUGUGUACUUUAUUUUUUUUUUACUCUUUAGUUAUGCAAGUUUGUACAAACCUCUUUAUUUAUAUACUGCAGUGUGCGUAUUCUUCCAAUAAUACAGAAUAAAUUGUAUGUAAAUAAAUUAUGUUCACAAAUUUAAAA